AUCCAGCUUUCACCUGUCGAUUCGGAGCAUUCGGAGUCGAACAAUCGAGUGCCCGGAGUGCCCAGGGGUUAAUAAUGAGUGACGGAAAGGUGAAUGAUGUGUCCUGGGCAUUAAAAAUUCUGGAGAGAGAGCCUGAUUACGUCGAAUCUGUCUGGACCAGGUACUUUCAUCAAGCAUGGUGCACCAUGUUCGGUGUUUUAAUACCAGUCAGCGGGAAUUUCUUGUACAGGAGACCCGUCUGGGCAGGAAUUCAAACUCACAUCACCCUGGGGUUAAUUGGCUUGGGAGUUGGAACGUAUUUGAGGCAACGUGAGAGAAGGAUCUUGGGUGAGAGGGAUGCUAUCCUGAGAGACUACAUCAUUCGUCAUCCUGAAGAUUUUCCACCGCCAGAGCGCAAGAAAUGGGGCGAAGUACUGGUCGAGUGGUUGCCCAUGCGUUAGAUCAACUGUAAUUUUUUUUAUUAGACUAUUAUGAUUAAUGAAAUGUCCAGCUCUGUACAUUUGAGUAUGCGAAUGAAUAGACGGAAAGAUCCCCUGUAAAUGAAGCCGAAGAAAAUACAAAAUUAUUCGAAAAC